AUGAAAAUGCACGAGAUUUACAACGAGAUCAGUGCGGCGAUCGCGUUUCGCACCAUUCCGGUGAACCUGAGCCGCUUCCUCGGCGACGUGAAGCCCUCGGCCCGCGCCCACCACACCAACUCCUUCGGCUGGAACCUGCAGAUGACGCUGGUGCUGGGCUGGGUCGGGUUCGUCCUGCUCAACACGUUCGUGGCGCCCUUCAAGGUGAGCCACGUGAACCUGCGGCACGCGUUCGGCGGGCUGUUCAGCUCGCGCGGCAGUCGGCUCGACUUUUUGGACGUGUUCCGGGUGGUAGCCAUUGUGUGGGUGAUGGCCAAUCAUCUGGGCAGCGAGGGCCGAAUCGACAUCUUGGAGAGGAAACCGAGCGCUGAAAUGUUCAAGGUAAGGGUUUGGGGUGGGAAAAGUUGCUCGGAGGAUUAAAAAAAACAUGUCAUUUUUUUUACUGGAAUGCCUGUCAGUGUCAUGUCAGACGAAAUUUCGACUUUCCAAAAAAUAUGUCAUCAUAACAUAUUUUCCAAAAAAUAUGUCAUGAUGACAUAUUUUUUGGAAUAUUCAAAAAUCAUAAAACAUGUAAUUUUUUUACUGGAAGGCCUGUCAGUAUCAUUGCAGACGAAAUUUUGACUUUUUUCAAAAUUCCAAAAAAUAUGUCAUGAUGACAUAUUUUUUGGAAUUUUCAAAGAUCACUGUAAAAAUUGUCAUAGACGUCUAAUAGACCUUCCAAAAAAAUUUUAUCGCUAAAAUAGGCCAAUUUCGAAGUACUUUCUAAAUUUUGACGAAAUGUCACAUUUUUUUGACAUUUCGUUUUUUCCUCAAAAACCCGCAAAAAAUCGCCGAAAAUUGCCUAAAAUACCCCUCAUUUCAGGCCUCAGUCCACAACCACCCAAUUCUCGGCGCGCUGCUGGGCAACUCCGCCUUAGGCGUGGAGAUUUUCCUCGUUUUGUCGGGCCUGUUGGCGGCGCGCUCGUGGCAUCGGCGCUCCGACCAAUCCUUUCGUCAUCACACGUUCGUCUUCCUGAUCCGCCGCAUCUUCCGCCUGCUGCCGGUGGUCGCGGUCUUCAUUUUCUUGGCCGCCGGCCCGAUUAUGGCCAAGCUCCUGCCCCGCUUCCACAACACGAUGAUCAGCGAGUGUGGUGUGACCGGGAUUUUGUCGCAUCUGACGUUGACCUCCAACUGGCAGUCCGCUCCGACUUGUCUGGGAUAUCUGUGGUGAGUUUCUGUUCACCGUUUUGUUGGGUUUCGUGGGGUAAAAUUGAGUUUUUUGAGGAAAUUUUGUCAAAAAUUCCCUAAAAUAAGGUGUUUUGAAGGGAAAAGUUCGAUUUUUCGAUUUUAGAUGCGAUUUUUUUAAGAAAAAUUAUUUUUACUCCCUUUUUGAGAGCAAAUAGGUUCUAAUGAUAUCAAUUUGCAGUCGAAACUAUCAAUUUUGAAAUUUCGGUUACCUAAAGUAAUAUAAUUUUUUGCUAAAAACAGACAUUUUUUGUUCUAAAAUUACGUUUUAUCUCUGUCAAAAGAUAUUUUAAGCCCUAAAAUUACGAUUUACCCCCAUUUUUCCACAAAUUCGACAUUAAUUUUCGCCUUUUUUCAGGUACGUUGGACUAGACAUGCAGCUCUAUCUGAUGGCCCCAAUCCUCCUCCAACUCCUCUAUCGUCGUCCUCGACUCGCGUUGGCGACAAUUCUCGCCCUCAUUGUUGCAUCGGCCUUGCAACGCGCCCACAUUUGCACCUCCUUCAACGUGUGCAACAAGUCGGAUGUGGACAUUCCUUUCAUCUCGUUCGCGGGGCAGACCGCCGACCAGGUGCGGCAGGUGUACGCCGGCUUGUGGGAGAUGUACGGGAGGCCCUGCACGAAGGCCGGGCCCUUCCUCAUCGGGCUGGUUUUGGGCUUCGCGACCAGCAAUUUGGAGCUGAAAAUCCGCGCGCGACUCGCCUCUCGAAUCGCGUUGUUGGGAAUGGCGCUAGCCGUAAUUAUAAUCUACGCGAUCCUCCCGGAAUACUGGUAUCCCGACGCCGGCAACACCCUCUACAACACGCUGUACACGGCCCUGUUUCGGACGACUUUUGCGCUCGCGGUGUCAAGUGUCAUUUUCGCCCUCUUCUACAGCGAAACCCCCACCGCCGUGAGUGGGGUGUGGACCGUGUUGGCCAAACUCACCUUCAACGUGUACUUGUGGCACAUGCCGGUGGUGUAUUUGUUCAAUUUCGUGCCCUUCUAUCAGACCGCCACUUCAGCCAUGGUGUUGUUGAUAUUGCUCCCAUUUUUGGCGAUUCUGUCGUUUUUCGCCGCCUUUUUGUUCUAUUUAUUCGUUGAAGACCCAAUUGCACGGAUCUCGGGCGCUCUCCUUCAGAAAUUGUAA